GCGGCCUUCCGGAGGGGCGCCCGGAGCGGGCCUCCCACCAGCCUUCGCGGCGGAGACGGGUCGGCACCGAGAGCGACUGGUCAAAAGAAUGGAUUUUACAGAGGCUUAUUCUGACACAUGCUCCACAGUUGGACUUGCUGCCAGGGAAGGCAAUGUUAAAGUUUUGAGAAAACUCCUCAAAAAGGGACGCAGCAUUGAUGUUGCUGAUAACAGAGGAUGGAUGCCAAUUCAUGAAGCAGCUUAUCACAACUCUGUAGAAUGUUUGCGUAUGUUAAUUCAUGCAGAGUCGUCGGAAAACUACAUUAAGACAAAGACUUUUGAAGGCGUCUCUGCAUUACAUCUUGCUGCAAGUCAAGGACAUUGGAAGAUUGUACAGAUUCUUUUAGAAGCUGGGGCAGAUCCUAAUGAAACCACUUUAGAGGAAACCACACCACUGUUUUUAGCUGUUGAAAAUGGACAGAUAGAUGUAUUAAGACUGUUACUUCGACGUGGAGCAAAUGUUAAUGGAUCCCAUUCUAUGUGUGGAUGGAAUGCCUUGCACCAGGCUGCUUUUCAGGAAAAUGCUGAGAUCAUAAAAUUGCUUCUUAAAAAAGGAGCCAACAAGGAAUGCCAGGAUGACUUUGGAAUCACACCUUUAUUUGUGGCUGCUGAAUAUGGCAAACUAGAAAGCUUGAGCAUACUUAUUUCUUCAGGUGCAAAUGUCAAUUGUCAAGCCUUGGACAAAGCUACCCCCUUGUUCAUUGCUGCUCAAGAGGGCCACACGGAAUGUGUGGAGCUUUUGCUGUCUAGUGGGGCAGAUCCUAAUCUUUACUGUAAUGAGGACUACUGGCAGUUACCUAUUCAUGCAGCUGCACAAAUGGGCCACACAAAAAUCUUGGAUUUGUUAAUACCACUUACUAACCGGGUCUGUGACACUGGGCCAGACAAAGUGAGCCCUGUGUACUCGGCAGUGUUUGGAGGGCACGAAGAAUGCCUAGAAAUGUUACUCCAGUGUGGCUACAGCCCAGAUGCACAGAUGUGCCUCGUCUUUGGAUUCAGUUCUCCCAUGUGUAUGGCUUUCCAAAAGGACUGUGAAUUUUUUGGAAUUGUGAAUAUUCUUUUGAAAUACGGCGCCCAACUAAAUGAACUUCAUUUGGCAUACUGCCUGAAAUAUGAGAAGUUUACAGUAUUUCACUACUUUUUGAAGAAAGGUUGCCCGCUGGCAUCAUGGAACCAUAUGUCUGAGUUUAUAAAUCACGCAAUUAAAGCACAGACAAAAUAUAAAGAAUGGUUACCAUCUCUUUUGCUUGCUGGAUUUGACCCAGUGAAUAUACUCUGCAAUUCUUGGAUUGACUCAGUCAGUGAUGACACCCUUAUCUUCACAUUGGAGUUUACUAAUUGGAGGAGACUUCCUCCAAAUGUUGAAAAGAUGCUCUCUAUUCGUGCCUCAAACUCCUCUUGGGCGCUACAGCAACAUAUUGCUUCUGUUCCAUCCCUGACCCACCUUUGCCGUUUGGAAAUUCGGUCUAGUCUAAAGCCAGAACAACUACGAUCUGACAGUUUUAUCUGCCAGUUGCCACUUCCCAAAAGCUUGCAUAAUUACCUGCUCUAUGCAGAUGUUCUGAGGAUGAAUGAAGUUCCAGAACUGGCAGUUAUUCAAGAUGGAGAAAUCAUUGGAGCUACUUAAUAUGGCUCAUGUCUUACUCUGAAAACCACCAAGACAAGGCACCAUGGAGUACAAAUUCUUCAUGAUUUAAUAAUCACAAAAAUAUGAUUUUUGUUUGUGUGGUUAGUUAGAUUUUGGGGGCAGUAGUUUAAUGGGAAUGUUUACAAUUGGGCUUCCUGGUAAAAACAUUGUAAACCUCAUUUAUGUUACUCUAUUGCAGUUUCAUUACCAUUUUAUGUUGUGAUAUUCAGAUUUUAAACCAUUUUCUGCUUUAUUCUGAUAAUGAACUGUGAUGCUGCUUCUAGUGCUAAAUAU